AUGUCGUUAACGAGGGCCAGCUUUACAGUACGCAGUAUUUUAAAUUUACCAGAUCAACGCGAAAUUGACCGUCUAAGUGAAUGGGAUCAAGGAAGUGGAAGAGCAAUCCAAUCUACUGUCAUUAAAAAAGAAGCAGACCAAAUCUCACAGCAUGACUAUUCGAAAUUAUCCUUUUCGGGGUGGCUUGGUUCUGACAAAAUUUCAUCUGAUGAAAGCAGCACAGAUACGGCUUCCGCGGACUGUAUCCAAAGAAAAGGCUCGUCAUCCAUCAUGAAGAAUGAGAAGAAGAAAAAACGACGAGUCCUAUUCUCCAAAGCACAAACGUUUGAGCUAGAGCGAAGAUUCCAACAACAGCGUUACCUAUCUGCCCCUGAACGCGAACACUUCGCUCACCUUCUGAGCCUAACCCCGACUCAGGUGAAGAUCUGGUUCCAAAACCACAGGUAUAAAAUGAAGAGAGCCCGUGUAGAUGGCACUCUACAGAUCGAUAUAAACCAGCCCCAACUGGUGCGCAGAGUGGCAGUGCCAGUGCUGGUCAGAGAUGGCAAACCCUGUCACUCUUGUUCCAUUACCUCCGUGCAGAUCCAGGACAAGCCCGGCGACACUGUUCAACCCAAUUCCUACACUGCUUUUACAGUUCAUGGCUUUCAACAGGUACAGCACACAGGACCAUUUGGCGUCUUUCCUAGUUAUCAUCAUUUAACACAUCCUGUUGUACGGAGACAACAGUGGAGCUGGUGA